AUGGCAGACCUUCUCCCCAUGGAAGAGAACCUGCAAACAGCGCUCACAAGCACAGAGAACAUGCAUGUAGAAUUAUCUUCGGGUGAGUCGCUUGGGCCUUCAGAUCAAGAUUCCGAGGUUCUACACGAACCUAUCCAAGAACGUUACGAAAACCCAUCAUACGCUCGUUUCCGACGCGUCGCUUCCAAGACUAUCGUGUCUUUUGGACCCAAUGACCCGGGCAACCCUGUAAACUGGAAAAAUACUAGCAAGUUUUUGGUACUUGCAGCUGGUGUGGUGCAGGUCAUGAACAGCACGAUUGCCUCGUCAAUUUGUAGCAACGCAAUACCCCAAAUCGCAACAGAGUUCGACAUCCAAAACGAGCAAGCUUUGGUUUUGCCAAUCUCUAUAUUUCUGAUAGGCUACAUUCUAGGUCCUCUUCUUUGGGGACCUAGCUCUGAGUACUUUGGACGCAGGCGCCCUUUGCUUAUCGCAUACUGCGGCUUUAUGAUCUUCAUGCUCGCAUGCGCGCUGGCCAACUCAUAUCCAUCCUUGUUGAUCUUCCGCCUCUUAAAUGGUAUGAUGGCAUCGGCACCGAUCGCCACAGUGGGUGGCUUAUUUGCCGAUGUGCAUGAUAAUCCAACCAAGAGAGGCCGUCUCAUGGCGUAUUAUAUGGCGUGCACUACCUUCGGACCCAUAGUAGGACCUUGGGUUUCAGGAUUUGUCGCCGUCGUGAGUUGGCGAUGGUGCUUUUGGAUUGGCCUCAUCUGCUCUGGUGCGUCCCUGCCUUUGAUUAUUAUUAUGCCGGAGACCUAUGGACCAGUGGUUUUGAAGCAACGUGCAAUCAAGCUAAGAAAGGACACGGGAGACCCAAACAUACUGUCCCCACUGGAAGUGGAAAGCCGUGAUCUUCGCCAAACGUUUCUGAUUACAAUAUCACGACCAUUUCGCAUGAUAAUCCACGAAUCAAUCGUAUCACUGACAUCUCUUUAUCUCGCCUUGGCCUAUGCCAUAUUCUAUCUCUAUUUUCAGGCAUAUCCCAUAAUCUUCCAAGAUAUGUAUGGGAUGAGUGCUGGUGUUGCUGGUUUGAUGUUUUUGCCUAUCGGCAUAGGCGCUAUACUUGCCUGCUUCGUCUUUCUCUGGUAUGAUGGAUAUCUUGCUCGAGCAAAAGCUCGCAAAGCUCCCUGGGCUGAAAUUGAAGAAUAUCGUCGACUACCCCUGGCCUGCAUCGGUGGCCCUUUAUACGUGAUAUCGCUGUUCUGGGUAGGAUGGACUUCUUCUACAAGUAUCCCCUGGGUCGUCCCAUUUCUUUCUGGAAUUCCAUUCGGAAUGGGCUACCUUUUGAUUUUCAUGGCGAUGCUGAAUUAUUUGACCGACGCCUACGAAACCCUAUCAGCCAGUGCCCAGUCUGCUGCAAGCUGCACCCGCAGUAUCUUGGGAGCAGUGCUGCCACUUGCGGCGAAACCCAUGUUCGGCCGGCUCGGUAUUCAUUGGGCAUGCAGCCUCAUUGCAUUUUUGGCCUUGGGGGUAUCGAUCAUUCCGUUUACCUUCAUUCGCUAUGGCGACCGCAUCAGAGCCAAUAGCAAGUUCUGCCAGGAGCUAAAGCACAUUAAAGAGGUUGAAAAGGUAGAACUUCAGCGAGAAGAAGACCAGGAAGGUGGAGAUCAUGAUUUGGAGAAAGUUCCUACUGCAAAUACGGGCCAGAUCACACGUGUCGAUACAGCUCGCAGUCAUGCCGAUGGAGCUUCCAUCAUUUGCUAA